GCGAUCCCCCACGCGCAUCCCCUCAUCUAUUCUUUAGUCCUAACAGAGACCUCAUUUGUCUGUUUCUCUACUUGUCCUUUCUUUGGACAACAACAAAAAAAAAUUUGUGCUUUCUUGCUUACUCAUUCUUCACUUCAACAUCUUGCAGAACUCAAUCUCUCUCUCUUCAGUUUCGUGAUUCGCAACAGAUUAAUGGGUCUCUUCAAACGUUGGAUUCUAUGCUUUCUAGCUUUCAAGUUCUUUGUCCCAAAGCCUGUCUCCUCAAGCCCUGAAGCACUUGCUCAAAUUCCUGUCGAUUUCCUUGACCUCUCAAAAAAACCUGAGAUUGCAGAUUAUAUGAUCGGUAUUAGGAGGAAAAUCCACGAGAACCCAGAACUUGGUUUUGAAGAAUUUCAGACCAGUAAGCUUAUUAGAGACGAGCUUGACCAUUUAGGCAUCCAUUAUAAGCACCCAGUUGCUAUUACCGGUGUUGUUGGCUAUGUUGGGACCGGUGGGCCUCCUUUCGUUGCCAUAAGGGCUGAUAUGGAUGCUCUACCCUUGGAGGAGGCAGUGGAAUGGGAGCACAAGAGUAAAGUUCCUGGUAAAAUGCAUGCUUGUGGACACGAUGCCCAUGUUGCAAUGCUUCUUGGUGCUGCUAAGAUGCUUCAAGAGCAUCGCCAUGAGUUACAGGGUACAGUUGUUCUUAUUUUCCAACCAGCUGAGGAAGGCCAAGGGGGAGCCAAGAGAAUGCUGGAUGCCGGAGUCCUCAAGGAUGUCGAUGCCAUCUUUGGAAUACAUGUUUCUACUCUGUACCCUAUUGGUACAGUUGCAUCCAGAGCUGGUCCCAUAAUGGCAGCAAGCGGUUUCUUUGAUGCAGUGAUAAGUGGAAAGGGGGGACAUGCUGCCAUUCCCCAGCAUUCAAUAGAUCCUAUUUUAGCAGCUUCCAAUGUGAUCGUUAGUUUGCAACACCUGGUUUCACGUGAAGCUGAUCCGUUGGAUUCACAGGUAGUAACAAUUGCAAAAUUCCAAGGCGGUGGUGCAUUCAAUGUCAUUCCUGAUUCUGUUACUAUUGGUGGAACAUUUAGGGCAUUUUCCAAAGAGAGCUUUAUUAAACUUAAACAACGAAUUGAAGAGGUUAUCACAAAACAGGCUAGUGUUCAAAGGUGUAAUGCCACUGUCAUUUUUAACACAGAUGAGAGACCCUUUUACCCAGUGACAGUAAAUAAUGAAGAGUUGCAUGACUUCUUUGUAAAUGUUGCAUCGGACAUGCUGGGUGCCCAGAACAUCAAAGAAAUGCAACCAGUGAUGGGAACAGAAGACUUCUCCUUUUUCGCGGAGGCAAUUCCUGGAUAUUUCUUCUAUGUUGGUAUGAAGAAUGAAUCUCAAGGACCACUUGCGCUGGGUCAUUCACCUCAUUAUAAACUGAAUGAAGAGGCACUUCCUUACGGGGCAGCACUGCAUGCAUCUUUAGCAACAAGUUACCUUCUGAAAAAUCAAUUGGAAGCCAAAUUAUUGAAGGGAAAUUUGCAUGAUGAGUUAUAAGGUAUUUAAGCCAGAUAGAUGAAAAUUGGUAGUAAUGCCUUAAAGCAUUGUCCAAUUGUUGGCAGAACAUCAGAAACUGUUUCACCUGUAAAUUUGAAUAAAAGUUAAUUUACAGAGCAUGUGUUGACUGUGCAUUAGCAUAUUUUGUCUUCUGUUGUCUUGUUCUGCUUGAACAACUUUGAAAAUAUUUUCUUUAAAUGAGCUCUCCUCUUUCUCAUUAUUGUCA